AUGUCAAAGCCAUACGAUCGUCCUGAGCUGACGCCACAGUUCUGCUUCAAUCAGACCGCCCUGCGAGAUUUCCUCCGCCUGUCUCGUGCCACGAUAGACGAUUCCAUUACCCAAAACCUAAACUCACUCCUUACCCCCGCCUCUGCUGGCUUCGACCCCUCUUCGACGAGCACUCGUUCGACACUACCACCCGGGACGCGCCGCCAGAUUCCCGCGUCCAGCUGCAACUACUUCAAGGACAAAGUGCUCUUCCCAUCAUGGCAGAUGCGCUCUGAUGUUCUGAGCUACUGCGCAAGCGUCGCCACAUCGCCGGAUCCUGAUGACCCCGUGUCUAUCCUUCGCGAAGUGGACGAUGCCAAGGUCCGCGAGCGCAUUGUGGACGAGCGACUAGAUCCAUACAGCGCUCGCUAUUUUCCCAAAGAGCUGCGGACAGAGAUGCUGGCGAACGUGAUUCGAAACGAGCGGAUGGUGGAGAAUAUCAUCAGGACUAGAACAUGGAGUCUAGUGGGUGAGAGGUGUGGAGAUGAGGGGCGAGGCUUUGAGGCUGCCUUGAACGAGUGGAGGAAAAAGCAAGAGGCUGGGCACCAAUGA